CUAUUUUUGUGUUGCUCAACCUGAACCGGUUACCGUUAAAGCGAGGUCCGUCCCAAUCAGACGGCGGACAACUCGUCGGCGCCGAAGGUUUAGGGUUUAAGAUGUUGGCCAGCCUGUUCAUGCUGGGUUCGGGUUUAGGGUUUAGGAAAAGAAGGAAGCUUUAGCUUUAGACCAAGGAAGAAGAAGAUGAAGCGCAGGAGAAGAAAGAAAGCCAUGGGGCAUCAUCAAAGGUUAUGAGAAUCACCUUUCAACUGGGAUGGAAUUUGUUGUUGGAUUCCUGCAGUCGCAAAUUCACAUUUUUGCCGUGUCACAAAAUUCACAGUUUUCUCCAGCCACAAACACUCACGUGUUUGUGCUUCAAUACUAACAUGAAACUAUCGGACUCACGUAUGCUGAGACCCAGUCCGCUGGCGCAUUGAAUAAUUUUUGCUGGUCAUGAGUUCAAAAUAAAUGUAGACAUGGUGAUGUGCCCAACUGAGGGCGAGUUGGUGUGGUCAAUGUAGCAGAGUCAAUUUCCCUCUCUAAAAUGGUAUGUAGUUUCCUGGAGACUUCAUUGCAUUUAUUGUGUACGCCUGUAGGUUGUAACUGAUGCUUUAAAAGGAAGAUAAGUGACUGUAGUAUUGGUUUAACAACAAAUUUUAAAUCUCUUUGCCACCCCAGUGCAGUUUGAUUUUUAUUUUUUUCACCACUGCAAUUAAUAUUCAAUUUGGGGGAGAAUGGAUAGGAUUCAUUAUUAAUGAGGGUCAUUAAUUUAUUGUUAGGGUAAAAGUUGGAGAGGCAACCAUGAGAAAUACCCAAGGAUGGACUAAUGGUGUCUCUAGUACCAUGUUUGGGUGCAGAAUUUACAUUUUUAACCCUAUUGCAUUUAUCUUAUUUUGUUAACUCAUUUAUGGUGAAGAAUCCAUUGCAAACCUGCAAAUUUGAGUAGAGUGAGACUGAACUUUAUUUCACUGAGACUCUUAAUCGAGACCUUUCCAUUGUUAGUUUGAGUCCCCUUAGCAGAAAGAUGUGUUCUCAUUUGUCCUAUUGCAUUUCUUUGCGUUUCACUAUUUUGCUUCUUUUCUGCUCUUUGCUUUUAAGUCCAAGUUGGGAGCUUCCCCCUGAGGGGAGAAAGGAUGACGGUUUUUUUUUUCUGUAUUAUAUAUAUAAUAUAUUACUUCUGUCCUUUUCUUUUACUUUUUUUCCUUAUUUGCAGAGCCUUUUCUUCAUAUAUUUUCCUUGAGAACUUAAAUCUCUUCUUCUCUGUUUUUUCUUCAUAUAAGUUCCCUUACCUAUCUUCAUGUCACACAUGUCACAAUAGCCCCAAUACAUCUCUUCUGAGCAUGAUUUUUAUCAGCAUGUCCAGUGCUAUAUAAAACAGAGUUAAGGAUGUAUGAACCUACUCCAGAAGAAUUCUUAAAUAUCCAAUUUGCUGGUUAGUUUCACAUUUCUGCUGAAUAUUCAUAUCCUGGAUUAAGCUGUACUGAUCUAUCAGAUAUUUCAAUUGCUAUUCAUCGACUCAAAAUUCACUUGGAUCACAAAGUUUUGGUAUCCUUCUCACUUUUUUCUCAGAAUUUUUUUGACCCAUAUCAUUCCUCUUCCCAGGUCCAAACUAUUAAUUUUUUUCAUUUUAUUUUAAACUUCUUAAUUCCCCAGGGUUCUAGAACUGUGCAUCAGUCACUUAUUAAAAUCCUCUCUUGGAACUGCCUGUGGAUUCCUUUGGUAUAUUCAACAGCUCUAAGUUUCAUCUUUUGUGCUGAUGGAAGUUUGCUCUUCUUCUGAAAUAUCAAUAGAUAAAUGGUUGACAGCUGAGCAUAGGGUCCAAGAGAUCUUAUGGGCUGUUCAACCAAAUGUAGCCUCUGAGUGGAGGAGGAGGGAGCUGAUCGAUUAUGUUCAAAGGAUAAUCAAAGGUCAUUUCGGAACUGAGGUGUUGUCCUUUGGUUCAGUUCCUUUAAAAACGUAUCUCCCUGAUGGAGAUAUUGAUUUGACAGUACUCUGUCAUCGGAAGCAGGAGGAAGACUUAGCUAGGGCUAUCUGCAGUCACCUUCAAGGUGAACCAAAGGAACCUGGGUUCUUGGUUGAAGAUGUUAGAUAUGUUUAUGCAAAGGUUAAGAUCAUAAAAUGCACUGUGAAUAAUAUAGCAGUUGAUAUUUCAUUUAAUCAGGUGGCUGGGCUGUGUACACUGUGCUUUCUGGAGCAGGCGGACCAGGUCGUUGGAAGAGACCACCUUUUUAAAAAGAGUAUAAUCUUGAUCAAAGCUUGGUGCUAUUAUGAGAGCCGAACCGUUGGUGCACCCCAUGGCUUGAUUUCAACAUAUGCACUAGAAACACUGGUCUUGUAUAUCAUCAAUCUCUUUCAUUCAUCACUCCGUGGACCUCUACAGGUUCUUCAUAGAUUUUUGGAAUACUAUAGCAAAUUUGAUUGGACAAAUUAUUGCAUCAGUAUAAAUGGUCCAGUUUCCUUAUCAUCCGUUCUUAAAAUCAGAGAGACACCAGAAAAUGAGGGGGAGAAUUUACUGUUCACCAAGGAAUUUUUGAAGAAAUGUAGAGUUGCAUUUUCAGAUCCAAGAAGAAUCAGCGAAGCUAGACUGCAGGAAUUCCCAAUCAAGUGCUUCAACGUAGUGGAUCCUCUAAAAGACAACAACAAUCUAGGCCGUAGUGUUACUUCAGGAAACUUCGCUCGCAUUAAAUCUGCUUUUGCAUUUGGAGAAAAUGAGCUCCGGAGAAUUCUAGCGCUACCAGGUGAAAACAUUGGCCACAAACUUCAAAAAGAUUUUUUUCCCGUCACUUUAAAUAGGAAUGGGAGGGGACAAAGACCAGAUUUGCAAGCUCUUGUACCAGCAUUUGGUAGUGGAAGAUAUGUACAAUCUAACCUCACUGGGGACUUUGAUUAUCAUUAUGGGGGAAUAUUGUAUGCACAGUGGCUUCAUGAUGAAAGCUUACAUCUUUCUUCACACCCAAGUCCGCCACCUUCUCAAGUCCAGAAUAACACCACAUGGAAUGCCAGGACUUGGUCAGUGAAUGUCUUUGAUCAAAUGUCAAUGAAUGCAUAUGCAUUACCUUUCUAUCAUCAUUGUGCUUCCCAACAGACUGCUCAUAUAAGGACAUUGCCAGGAACUGGCAUGUACAUACCUGAUCCGUUGCAGAGUCCUCAUUACAGACAGAUGUAUUCAAGGGCGAGGGGAAGGAACGAGUCUAAAAAUCUUCGGGUGAUGAUGAAACCACCCUAAAAGGUUAACCAGUCAGAAACAAGUACUGGUGUACAUGUAAGCAGCAUUGAUCUUUCACUUGAGGAAGUUCCACGGCAUUCAACCGCCCCCACCUCCACAAGUCUCUAAAUCUGGUAAGCCCUGGCCAUCUCUUCAAUCCCAGGUGCCCCCUCAGACCAAUGAGGAUCGUAAGCUUGGGGUUUUGGGGCCUGCAUCAUUGCCUUUGGGAAUGCAUUCACUUGAAGCAAAAGCAGAUUCUUGUAGUUCAUAUGCUAGGGACCUUACACCGAAGGUCCCUGUAAUGGGAAUGCCAAGUCAACAAGUACGUUCAAGCAUUGAUGAGAUCAAUAAAGAGCCGUUCCAGUUGGACAAUAAAGAUUUUCCGCCUUCGGGUAGCAAAACAAAUCUCGGAGACUUCACUUACGUUCUGGAAGUUCCAAGUAGAGUUUUCAUUGGCACCCUUCGGACUGUGCAGAGACUUGUGUAUGCAUGGAGGAGGGGCAUUCAGGAUUAUUACCUAUUCUCCACUAAAGAAGGCAAUAUUACAAAAGGAAAGACCUCUGUCUCUGAUUGCGACAGUGAAGUUUUGUAUCUCCUACCUUUUCUGGAUGAUUAUGCAAAAUUUGUUUCAUGUGCUUACAGAUCUUUUUCGUUUUGGUAUAUAUUUUCAGUUUAAAGAAAAUCUAUGUUCAUGA